GUCUGCUAAGAGAAAAAGGACAAAACGAGUCGAGUUAAAUUGAUGUUUUUCUUUACUGUAGUUUCUGUGUUUAGAUAGAACUAUAAAAUCAACACCUACCAGAACGGUGUAGAUACAGAGGUUCUCAGCUGUUGAAUGGUGGGGAAAGAAAAAUGCAUGAAAUUGGACCCAGGGAGAGCUAGGACUCGGAGUCGACUUCCCCCCUUGCACUGAGUGCGGCAGCAGUUUGCCAGACCAUUUCAUGCUGCACAGCCAAUAAAGCCACGUGCUUCGAUUUACUAUAAGUCUUGACUACUUUUUCUUUUUCUCUUCCACGGCCUUUUUUUGAACUCAGAAACUUUGACAUGGGGGAAGCUCCGGAAGUGCAACUCGAGAUCAUGGGUCAGGAACACACAGAUGCAAAUUCGGUUGAGCAGACUAAUUAUGGCAGCAGCCAGUCAUCAACAAUCACUCGACAUAGAAGCUAUAAGUGGUGGCUCCAAAUGGCAAUUUAUACAAUCUUUUCCCUCGCCGGCCAGUCAGUGGCUACACUUCUUGGAAAACUGUACUAUGACAAAGGAGGAAACAGCAAGUGGAUGGCAACCUUUGUUCAACCGGCCGGCUUUCCGGUUCUCAUUCCCAUCUAUUUACUUUCAUCAGCAUACAAAACUUCGAAAGAAGACAGUACUAGAAACAUAAAGUCACCGCCUUUGUUAGUCCUUGCAGCUAUGUAUGCUGCACUCGGAAUACUCCUGGCAGCAGAUUGCCUAUUGUAUUCACUUGGGCUUUUAUACCUCCCUGUCUCCACUUACUCCCUCAUCUGUGCUUCCCAGUUAGCCUUCAAUGCCUUAUUUUCCUUCUUCCUCAAUUCCCAAAAGUUCACUCCUCUCAUAAUUAACUCCCUAGUUCUUCUCACUAUCUCUUCCACCCUUCUUGUGUUCCAAAACGACUCCUCAGGAUCCACAUCCGUCUCUAAACGAAAGUAUGCAAUUGGAUUUGUAUGUACCGUUGCCGCUUCCGCUGGGUACGGACUAAUGCUUUCACUAACACAACUCUGUUUCCAGAAAGUUCUGAAGAAGCAAACGUUCAAGAUUGUCUUAGACAUGAUAAUCUACCAGUCAGCGGUUGCAACUCUCAUAAUCCUCGUGGGACUUUUUGCUAGCGGGGAGUGGAAAGGUUUAGAUAGAGAAAUGAAAGCGUUUGAACUAGGCAAAGUUUCGUACGUGAUGGUUUUAGUUUGGACUGCUAUAACAUGGCAAGUUUUCGCGAUCGGUGCGGUGGGGUUGAUCUUCGAAGUCUCUGCACUAUUCUCGAACGUCAUCAGCACUCUAGGGCUACCCAUCGUCCCAGUCUUGGCAGUGAUAUUUUUCCACGAAACAAUGACUGGAAUUAAGGCGAUUGCCAUGGUGUUGGCUAUAUGGGGCUUUGUUUCCUACGUUUACCAGCACUAUCUCGAUGACCGCAAGUCUUAGACCGGAAAAGUUUAAUGUCAACAACAAAGUAGUUACACAGCAAGAGUUCAUGCAUUCCUACAUAGCUAGUUCCAACGAGAGGAAAAUUUACAUUUUCAUAGAAUUUCCUGCUCAAAUACUCCUCCAUUAAAUCAUGUAUAAUCAACUACAAAAGCUCUUUUCUAAUGUAUUAUAUGUUCUUUUGUUUUUCA